CACCCACAAUUCUUGUUUUCUCACUCUCAUCCUAAUCGCACAAUUCCGCACUAUAAUGGCUCCAAUUCAACUCCUCGGUCCACCUGAGAUCGACCGUGCCCAGCUUCCCUCCGUCGCCGAUCACGGCGGCGAAACCAACACUCCACCCAUCGAUACCCAUGUCGCCGAUUUGGCAACCAAAACCCAGGGGAUUAAGCUCGACCCUAGCCGCCCUUUGAUGGGUUUCACCGAGAAUUGCUCUGCCACAUUCCUCUCCUCCGGCAACCCCUGCUUGGACUUCUUCUUCCACGUGGUUCCGGACACGCCGCCGCAGGAUUUGAUCGGGCGGCUGGAUGUGGCGUGGGCCCACAAUCCCUUGACCACUCUGAAGCUGAUCUGUAACCUGAGGGGAGUGAGGGGGACCGGCAAGUCCGACAAGGAAGGGUUCUAUUUGGCGGCGCUUUGGCUCCACUACAACCACCCCAAAACCCUCUCUGGUAAUCUCAAGGCCCUUGCUGAGUUUGGGUAUUUUAAAGAUUUUCUUGAAAUUCUGUAUAGGAUUUUAGAAGGACCCUAUGUGAGGAAAUUUGAGAAGGAGCAGAGAAUGGAGAAGUCCCGCCAGAAGAUGCUUCGUCGAUUCAAUUACCCGGAAUACGAUGAAGAUGAUGAGAAUGAUGAUGAGGAAAAUGAGGAGGAGGAGAAUGAUGAUGAGGAAAAUGAGGAGAAAAUCAACAAGGAUUCGGAGGAAUUGUUGUCUGAGAAGGAUGAAAUCAAAAAGGAUUCGGAUGAAUUGUUGUCUGAGAAGGAUAAAAUCAAAAAGGAUUCGGAUGAAUUGUUGUCUGAGAAGGAUGAAAUCAAGCAGAAUCCGGAGGAAUUGAUGUAUGAGAAGGAGAAAGUCAAGAAGAAAUCGGAGGAAUUGAUGGCUAAGAAGGAGAAAAUCAAGAAAACUCCAGAGGAAUUGAUGGCUGAGAAGGAGAAAGCAAAGGCUGAGAAGGAGAAAGCAAGGGCUUUAAGAAAGCAGAGAGAGCUAAACAAGGCAGUAAAGGCUUUACAAACAUACAAUACUGAUGAAAAAUAUAGGUUACUACAUGACAAAAUUUCCGAUCUUUUUGUAGAAAUGCUAGAGGCUGAUGUUGAAAAAUUGAAUUCAGGGAAGCUUGGGGACAUCAGCUUGGCUGCAAAAUGGUCCCCCACUAUUGAUUCAUCAUAUGAUAAGAGCACUUUAAUUUGUGAAAGCAUUGCAAGAAAACUGUUUCCUAAGGAUAAGUACAUGGAAUAUGAGGGCUUAAAGGAGGCAGUUUAUGUUUAUAAGGUGAGAGACAGACUGAGAAAGCAAGUUCUUGUGCCUUUGCACAAGGCAUUGGAGUUGCCCGAGGUGUAUAUGAGUGCCAAGCAAUGGAACUUGCUGCCUUACAAGCGGGUAGCCUCGGUUGCAAUGAAGAACUACACGAAGAAGUUUUCGAAGCAUGAUAAGGAGAGGUUUGGUGAGUAUCUUAAGAAGGUGAAGACUGGGGAGGCAAAGAUUGCAGCCGGGGCAUUGCUUCCUCAUGAGAUCAUAAAAUCAUUGGAACGUGCAGCCCCGGAGGAGGCAGAAGUUGCAGAGGUUGCCGAGCUGCAGUGGAAAAGAAUGGUGGAAGAUCUUGGCAAGAAGGGUAAGUUGAGUAAUUGCAUUGCUAUAUGUGAUGUGUCUGGGAGUAUGUAUGGAAUACCUAUGGAAGUCUGUGUGGCAUUAGGAAUCUUAGUUUCUGAAUUAAGCGAAGAACCAUGGAAGGGAAGGCUGAUCACUUUCAGUGAAGAUCCUCAGCUUCAUAAAGUCGAGGGUGAAACCCUGCUGGAAAAGACUAGAUUUGUCCAAGAAAUGAAUUGCGGUAUGAACACAAAUUUCCAGAAAGCGUUCGAUAGGAUCUUGGAGAUUGCAGUGGAGGGGAAUCUGAGGGAGGAACAAAUGAUUAGGAGGGUGUUUGUGUUUAGUGACAUGGAGUUUGACGAGGCAUCAGAAGAUUCUUGGGAGACUGAUUAUGAAGUCAUAGAGAGGAAAUUCAGGGAGAAGGGGUUCACAAAUGUUCCAGAAGUUGUGUUCUGGAACCUCAGAUCUUCAGGGUCCACUCCUGUUGUGGCCAACCAGAAUGGUGUGGCUUUGGUCAGUGGGUUCUCCAAGAAUCUGCUGACCAUCUUCUUGGAAAAUGGUGGCAUCGUGAACCCUGAGGAAGUCAUGGAGAUUGCCAUUUCUGGGGAAGAGUAUAAGAAGCUUGCUGUUCUUGAUUGAUUUUGUAGUGUUCUUACUUUAAAAGUUAUAGCUUUACUUCUGGGCAGUAUCAAGUAGAUGGCAAACAAUUCUGUUAUCUUUAAUGCUUUGUACUUUUCUGCUCUCUAUAACACAAUGAAAUAUACAGUUAUUGCCAAAUAAUU